AAAGAGGUUAAAUCCAAAACUAAAGUUCGUUUCAUCGAUAAGAAAUGUUCGGAUUGUUGUCAACUCUCAGUCAAGUGCUUAAACUGGGCCCCAGGGGCUUUGUUCGCCAAAAAUUCAAGCUACCCUUCGUUAAGUUCAUACACGACACAGUGGAUUUGUAUAAAAAACGCACGAAGUCUGGAGUAAAUAGCAUAAGAGACAUUUUAUUUAGGGGCACGGUUAUAGCCUUAAUUACAGCUGUAUUAGUAUGGCUGUCAAUAUUUAUGUAUGUGGCUUUUUAUUAUGUUUAUGUGCCAACAAUAUCUCACGAGAGGCCGGUAUUUUUAAAGUUUAAACCCUGCGGGAACGCCAAUAGUUGUAAAGAAUACAAAGAAGUAUGUAGUUUUCCUUCGGCUCAUGUUCAGCUGACUAAACGGCAGCAACUUUUAAUGACUGGCCAGCCUUAUAGGAUACAUUUAGACUUGGAAAUGCCGGAAUCGCCUACAAAUAGAGCCUUGGGUAUGUUCAUGGUUUGUGCAGAUUUUCGAGAUGGAGAAGGACAACUAAUAGCAAACUCAUGUAGAUCCACUAUGCUUCAUUAUAGAGGAGCAUUAUUAGAUACCAUGUACAAAUUAGUUUUUAGUCCUUUUUACGUUUUGGGCACUGCAGAAGAAAAACAAAAUAUUCAUGUGGAAUUAUUUUCGAACUAUGAAGAACAAGAAUUUCAACCUGUUACUGAUAUUUACAUUGAAAUCCAAUCUCAGCACAUAGAAAUAUAUUCAGCUAAAUUUUUAUUGAAUGCCAAUUUCGCAGGACUUAGAUAUGUUAUGUUUAACUGGCCAGUACUUUCUGCUGCUUUGGGUAUAACUGCUAAUCUCUUCUUUAUCGCUCUUGUAUGUCUUUUGAGUUGGUAUCAAAUAAUUAAUUCUGAGGAAUACCUAAAUUUCCUUAAAAAAGAAGAGGAAGGAAAAAUCGAAAAUAUAAAAGAUUCUUUGGAACCGUUUAUGGCAACGAUAGAAAACAUUGACUAUUCAAUACUAUCCAUAAUAGGAAAUCUAUACUUAUCUCCGAUAUAUUAUUUAUACGACGCGUUUCUUUUAUUUAAAAAUAAGUAUUUAGAGGUGGUAAAGGUACCCUUAAAAAUGGUGGUUUACAGAACCAAAAGGUAUUCCAUUACAAGUCUGAAGAGGAGUCUGAAAUAUAAAAAUAACGACAAAAGGAAGUGCGGAAAGUGUAAAAAAUCUGUAUGCGCAGAACAUAAUCGAAGUGUUUGCAAUGUAUGCUUGUCAAAAAAUAAUGUUAUUGUUUUAGAAUAAGUAAUAAAAUUAUGAAGAAUAUCGAUUUUUAUUCAAGCUAAAUCAGCUGGUUUUAUUUAGUUUAGUUUGUUAACC